CGCUGAUCGGCACAAAAAAUGGGUGAAGCGAUGUUCCCACUUCAAGAUGGCGCGCAUGUCCGCGUGUUUCUCAGCGUUGGUGUAGUUUCGGCGCAUGCGCUAUACAGGUUUGUCGUCAUGUAAGCUCCAUAGCAAGAUUGAGGUUGGGCUACUGUGUUCGGGGUUCAUUUACUCUGCCGACGUAAAGCUGCAAUUUACCAUGCUGUCGUCUUUCUCUCAAGAAUAAAAAAAAAACAUGAAAUUUAUACAAACCUUAAUUUCUGACGGAAUGUCUAUGAAUAGUUUGAAGCCAUCAAUUAACACUGAGGCCGAGAGUUCUUUGGACACUUGCAUUAUGAAGGAAACUCCAGUAGAUGACUGCAUUUUAACAAAAGAACGUAAUUCCCAAAAUAAUGGAGAUAAAGAAUUAUGCUUGACAGAUUAUGAAAUGGGAAAUGUUGAAAAUACUGCCAAAAAGAUGUUUGAACAAGUUGAUCUUAAUUCAAGUAUGCCCAAUUCUGAAGUUUCACUUAAAAAGGAUUCUUGGAAUUCUGAAGCUUUGUAUGAUAAUUCAAGUGAGAAAGAAAACAUAGAAUUGAAUGAUGUGAGAUAUGAUAUUCUGUCGGAUGAAGAUGACAAUGAAAGUAUUCAUCUAAAAAUAUCAUCUGAUGAUGAUAAUUCAGUAACAGAAUCCGAGACUAAUGAGCCAAAUUCUGUUUGUAACAAACAGCUUGAUGAUAGCAAUGAUAAACUUUCCCAAAAUGUGACAGAAGAUGGUGAAAACCCAAAUUCUCCCAGUGAAGUUCACAAUGACCUUCAAAAUGAAAGCAAUUGUGUUAUACCCAAUGAGGAGGAAGAGCCUAUUAAUGAUACUUCUGAAAAAGAUGCAUCCUUUGAUGGCUAUGAAAUUGAAGGAAGGAUCACUGUUGGUGACUCAGAACAUGAAGACAUCCCUGAAGAUUUUGAAUCUAUGCCAUCUUGUUCAGAUUCACCAAAGCAUAAUGUCAAUGACAGUAUCACUUCAGACACAAUGGUAAAUGAGGCAAUAUCUCCUCCCCAUUCACAUGAGAAUUCACCAAGUGUUGAAAAAGACUUGGAUCCUGUAAAUGCAAAUUCUGAAAAUGUCAUAAAAGAAAAUACAGCCAAAGAGGAUACACAAUUGUUACCAAUUGAUCCUCAGGAUGAAUCUAAACAUGACAGCUCUCCUGAUCAUUUAUCUGCUGAUUCAGAAAUGAAGGAUCUAUUACCAGGUAAUAGUACUUCAGAAGAAAAAAACAUUAGUAUAAAAGACAAUGAAGAUAAUUUGAGUUCAGCUAAUGAUGCUGAUUCAGUCGAAGUUCCUGAGAAGGAAGUUAAUUCACUUUCUGGUGUUAAUGAUUCAGAUAGCUGUGUAGGGCAAUCACAAGAAAAUGUUUUAAAAAUUAAUGAUGCUCCCAAAUCUGGUGAAGAGAGUAGCAAUGAAUGUAUUGAAGAAGAAGAAGAAGAAAAACAACUUCCCAAUAGGGCAUUUGAUGAAGUUCAUUCUGAGCCCAAGGAGGAUGAAAGUUCAGAAUCAGAUGAUUCAGCUAAAGAUAGAACAUCAUUAAAUGAAAGUAGUCCACAAAGUGAUGUUAAAUCACUGGAGGAGACAUCACCAUUAAAAGAAAGUACAGACAGUGAGGAGAAGUUUUUAGAGAUAUUAGAAUACCAACCUGCAAAUGAAGAAGUAGAGGAAUUGAGAGAAAUUCAGCCGGACAAAGAUAUACUUGGAGAUGAAAUUCAGCAGGAAGUGUCAGAUGAAAUAGAGCAAGAACAGCAAUCAGAAUCACAAGCAGAAAAGGAAUUAGAAAGUAAUAAUUCACCUUCAAUGGUGCCAAAAGAUGUAGAGUGUAGUAGUCCCAAAUCUGAUGCUGAAACAUCCCCCUUUAGUUCCCCACAAUCAAACUCUACCCAAGCAGAAAUUACAAAUAAUAGUGAAGGUUCAAAAGAGAAAGAUGGUGAUACCAAAGAGAGUGUUGACAAUGACAACGAGGAAGAUGCUAAAAGAGAUAAGUUCAGCGAGGUUGCUUCCUGUAGUAAAGUUAUUGAUACAGAGACAAUUAGUGAUGAUCGUGAAGAUCUUGGAGACGUUGAGUGUGUUUCUGAAGUUAGUGCCAAGAAACAAGUACUGCCAGAAAUUUCUGAAGCUCAAUCUGGAAGGAAGCGAACAUCAAGUAAUGAAGAAAAUCUAGUCAAUUGCUCAAAAAGAACUAAAGUUGCUGUAUCUGAAAGUGAAAAUCAGACAAGUGAUGUAUUGAUGAGUGAACUGCCUACCGAUAGUGACUCUAGAAAGAAGUGCUCUGAAGCUGAUACCAAAGAAAAGUGUGACAGUAGGACCAAACGACUAUCCAAUUCAGUUGAUGAUGCAGUACAAAUAAAGAAGAUUCGUGUGAUGCCAGAAGUUUCAAUUAGUGAUAAGGAUGAAAAAUUAGAUAAACAGACUAAUUCUUCUGAAAGUUUGGAAACUAAGAAAAGCAGCGACAACAAUACUGAUGCAAGAAAAGAAGCUAGCAAUUUGGGGAAACAUCCUAUGCCAUUUUUACGAACUUUAAACCGGGCACAGUUCCAAAACAUGUCACGAAAUGAUCUGGAAGAACUAAUUCUGCAGAAAAUGUGUGAGGCAGUAACACAGCGCUCUAAAUGUGGAGAAUUGCGGGAACUGGCUCAGACACUUGAGGAGAAAUUAAAGACUUGGCAAAAGAAAUGUGUUCAACUUACCAAACAGGUAAAAGACCUGAACGUGGUCUUGAAGCGUUAUGGAUCGGAUCUUCAAAGCAAAGGACCUGGUGCAAUACCUGUUCGGAUUACUCGAUCUGUUGGUCUUCAAGUUCAAAUGCCGGGAAUUUCCGGUAGCAGUUGGAAUCCAGAAGAAAGUACAAAACGUAAAUCGGAGAAAACUCCACCACCUACUCCCACAUCAUCUGUGUCAACAUCUGGGACAAAUUCUUCAAAAGCUAGUUCCCCAGUCGCAAAACCUACAUCAACGGCUGUUCAGAAAGUUUCUGAUGGAAGUGAUGUACAAGCAUCCACAGCUUCAACUCGACUUAACACACCAACACACCAACCUGUUGGUGGAAUAAAGGCAUUGCAAACAAAGCCACCAGCGAGUGCAAAUCCACCUGCGACCCCAAAUAAGACUGGAAAGGCGCAACCUCCUGUAAAUAGAGUGAAAUCAGAUCAUCAAGUUAUUGAUCUCACAGAUGGAGAAGACAAAACCAAAAACACUACCACUCGUUUGCCUGUGGUGAGCAGUUCUCCAGCUACAACUGUUUCUGUACCUACUGUUAGUACAACUGUUACAAGUUCUGUGAGUAAUGCAGCAGUAGCUACAAUGAGUAUUCCUGCUAAUCGUUCAAUUAGAGUAGUUCAACAAUUAGGAACUUCAAGUACACCUAUUAUUGCACAGAGUGCUGCAAAUGCGGUAGCCGGUCAACGAGUAGCUUACUUUGUUCCGUCAACUUCUGUUCCUGUGCAGCCAAGACAGUUAAUAAUUUCAAGUCCUUCUCAGGUUCGUCCAGCGGGAGUUGCGAGCAUGUCGCAACGACAAAAUCCUCUACCAACGAUUGUUUUGAAGCCAGGUCAAGUUGUUCCUGUUUCAUCUGUGGCAGGUGGAGGAAAUAUUAUCAGAACAUCAAGUAUUGGUAGUUCAUUGCAACUAACCAGACAACCUAGAACAGGACAGCUUAUUCAGCGUUUUCCAAUUAAUGCAAAUUCUGUGCAAUCCACUGGAUUGUCAGUGGUACAGUCAUCAGGUCUUACUGUAUCUUCAGUAUCUCAUCCUGCCCCAUUGCCUCCAGUACCGUCUGGGCCAAGUAAUGCAAACUGGAAACUUCCUCCUCCAAAACCUGAUCUGAAAAUAUCAAAAGUCCCAAACAGAAAUCAGCAAGGUAUUGUGUUGUCCUGGAACAUGACAGUCUCGAAUGACCAUGAACAGAUAGCAAGUUACCAACUGUUUGCAUAUCAAGAAGGAAAUGCACCACCUAGCACACACCUAUGGAAGAAAGUGGGUGAUGUAACAGCUCUUCCACUCCCAAUGGCAUGUACAUUAACACAGUUCAUGGAAGGCCACAAGUACCAUUUUGCUGUACGUGCUGUAGAUGUUUUUGCAAGAUGUGGCCCAUUUAGUGCUCCUGGGAAUAUUGUUUUGAGUCGCCAUUGAGAAUUUUAUCUUCUUUAAAGUUGUAAUUAAUAGUGUUUGUAUGAAUUCAAGAAUGAAUGUAUAUAUUGGGUAAGACUGCAUUUUUUGAUUGUGCAAUUUCUGAAAGAAAGUUGUACCUCACCAACUGUUUUAGAGCUGUUUGCAAAAUGUGUGAAAAUAGCAUUGGAUGUAAAGACACUAAGCGAUGUUAAGAGUACAAAAGAUAUGUCUUGGACAUUGGUGAGAAUGCAUUAUUUGUGAAUUAUUUUCAAUUCAGAAGAGUGAUGCUGUUGUACAUAUUUGUUCAAUCCUUAUUACAAUGAAAUCCAGAAUUUUGUAUUAUAUGAGAAACAUUGAUUAAGUCUGUUGUAAUUCUAUGCUUUGUAGAAAUGUUGAAUUCACUAUAAUUGAAGCAAGCAGCGGCUGGUAUUAAUUCAUCUGCUAAUGUUGAAAGUACAAUAAAAAAGUUUUGUAGUAACUUGUUUUCAAGUAACUUCAGGGUUUUUGUGUCUGCUAUUUCGAUUAAAGUGAAGCCAAUAUUGUGGAGUGUAAGGAGUAAUGUGCAAAGUCACUGUAACAUUAACAACAUCCAUUGUAAAUUGAUCUGACUUAAUUUGUUUUGAGUUGAUUGGGUAGUAUAAAAGAUUUUCAAAUAUCCUAAACAAGGGUUGAUGUCUGAAUUAAAUUGAGAUGAAACACCUAAACAGGAUCUUAAUGAUUUGCGCUUAAAAAUGUAUCAUUUGAGGUCAGGCAAGAGUAUAAAAGGAUAAUAAAUAAUGAAAGUUUAUCUCAAAUAAUUUUUAAAAAAAUCUGUAGUGGGACAUACUUUCAGAAAAUAGUUUAAAUUAAAAUCAGAUAGUUGGUGUUAAAAUAUCUCGAGGUGAAUGAAGUAACAAUAACGAGAAACAGAACACUGAAUUUUAGCCUGGAAUUAUUGAUGUUGUACAGAACUAAAAAUCAAUUAUGCAUCUUGUAUCCUCUUUUCCUCCACCAAUCCUUUAGAAAUUUAAAAAUGCUUUUCUAGGAGUUGAUUAAUUAAAGCCUGUCUUACAUGAGAGUGUUGCGUUGAUGUGCGAUAAGUAAGGUGCGAUAAGUAAUCAUAGAAUGGCCCGAGAACUCGUGCGUCAUUUCACAUAAGACUGUGUCAUUCUAUGCUGUGUAUCAAUGCAAUGCUUGUGUGAAGGUGCCCUUAACAUUUUUGUUUCAGAGCAACACUAGGUAUAUUUCAGGGAGUUAGAGACUCCAGUGUUUUUACAGGUUUACAUGUCUUAACAGAAGUAAACAACUAUAUAUAUUCUUCAUUGGCAAGUACAAAGAAUGAAUAUAAAGUAAACACUGCAUUCCAACCCAUGCGAUGAACAGCCAAAAACACACAACUAAUGAACAAUGAAUAAGAAGAUACAACUAAGGAAAGUUUAACAUACUAGCCACUGCAGCAUUAAAAACCUAUGAAUGAGAUUGAUAUGUGAAGAAUGAUUAGUGGAAAAAGUGCUAGUAUGCAUUGUUUAUAAGCUGGCAGAGAUGUUUGUAUUAAGAAUAUAUUACAACCAAAUUGAAUUGUUUAGUGGCAUGUUAAAUAUCGCUUGGCUUCUCGGAACUUUUGCUCACCCGUCUGGAUGAACCACUCUUUGAAAGAUAUAAAGAACAAAAAUAAAUGUAAAAGUUACCAGAACAGAUGGAAUGGGUGUCAAGUUAUUAAAUUUGGAAGUUAUAACAGCCCUGAGAAUCCAACAAAGAAACAAACAAGUUGUAGACUGGUGAAAAGUCUUCAUAAUCAAGAAAGUUUGUAAAUACACCAGAAAGCACUAAGAAAUAAGUCUGUGAACCACUUGCGAACUAUUUUUCCAGAAUUUUAAAUAUUUGUUUAUAAUACAUCUUAUUGUGUUAGAUGAACAAAAGAAUGCAACUAAAUUUGCAAUUUUUGAAUAAGAGCAAUGAAAAUGGGAUUCCACAUCAUUCUUCUGAGUAACCCAUAUCAUCGUUGAACUAGUGGGUGCUACAACAGCACAUACUUUCUCACGUUAUUGGAAACUGCUAUGUAAUAUUAGAAUAUUGC